CCCCCCUCCCCGCUCCUCCGCCCCCGCCGCCGCCUGACUUCGUCGUCGUCGCGUCGUGUCUCCUCCCGUAACCGAAGAAAGAAAGCGUUGUUGUUGAGCCGCGUCCUCCCCAUCGCAACCGUCAACAAACUAAACAACGCCCGCCCGACCCUACCCAACCACCCAACCACCCGCCCACCCACCGCCAGCAACCACAGGUACAAGCCAUUGCGCGCGCUCAAAGAACGCACGAGAUAGACGACGAGAACCCACGUCACCUGCGCGCCGAAUGCAGGUAGCACAGCGACCGCUCCCCGUCCACGCACAGCAGCAGCAGCCAUCACCUCACACGCACACGCACACGAUGCCCGCGGCAACAACCAAGCGGAAAAGCAAAGCGGCGGGCCUCGACGUGGUCGAGAACGGCAUCGGCGGCGGGAAGGAGAAUAGUAGUGUGGUGCUGCCGCGGAAGAAGCGGGACACUGCGGCUGGGAAUGGGAGUGGGGAGAAGAAACCGGCAAAGAAACGGAAGAAGGAUCUGGAUACCGAUGGGGACUUUCAGUUCCGGAGGAGGAAGUCCACACGGUUAGCGACGCGCGCCGAGGCGGCUGCGGGUGCGAGUGAGGAUGCGACGGUGAUAGCUACGCCCGAGGAAUUGGCGGCCCCCGCAACGACGGCAAGGACGCAAAGGAAGGCGGUGGCGAGUGUGGUCCCAGAGACGCCAGUGGUCAGAGCGAAGCCGGUGUCAUUACCAUUGGACUCGCCGACACCCCCGCCGCCGCGCGCGACAAGGAAGAAGAAGGAGAAGAGAAGGGAGGAGAAUGGGGAUGCGGUGAUGGUUGAGAAGCCGGCAUCCCCGCCGCUUGCACCUACGACUCGAUCCAGGAAGCCUGAUAAGAGACGGCGGAAUGAGAAGACGGCUGGCGCGGCGACGGCGGUGUCGGCGUCGGUGUCGGAACAUGAUGCGUCCGUCGAUGACUCGUAUUCGAGGAAGAUACAGCUUCCGACUUCGGAUACUCCAAUGCAGAGAAGGAAUCAGGAGCUACGAAAGGGAUCCGGCGCGGAAGGUUCAAGCCGGAGACGGUCGAGUUUAGGCAUGAGGGGUCGUCGAGCUUCCUCCAUGAUGCAGAGCGGUUUAGUGGGUAUGACAUAAUCCGAACUCAUCCUGUCACUCGGGAGCAGAGACAUCUGACAUUUUUUAUUUUUCUGCAGCUGCUCCACACGGCGAAAUUUCACACGAAGAGUU